UUUUUAGGUUGUUGGGUGACUUAUCUCACGUUAUAGCUAUAAUUAUUCUUUUAUUAAAAAUAUGGAAAACAAGAUCGUGUGCUGGAAUUUCUGGAAAGUCCCAAAUACUUUUUGCUACAGUUUUUGCCACUAGAUAUUUGGAUCUUCUCACGACUUUCGUGUCGAUAUAUAAUACAUUGAUGAAAUGGAUGUUUCUGACUACAUCAUUUGCUACAAUUUACCUUAUUUACUUUAAAUUUAGGGCUACUUAUGACAAGAACCACGAUACCUUCAGAAUAGAGUUUCUAAUUAUACCAUCACUCAUUUUGGCCCUGUUAAUUAAUCAUGAAUUUACAGUUUUUGAGGUAUUGUGGACAUAUAGUAUUUACCUGGAAUCAGUUGCUAUUUUGCCUCAGUUGUUUAUGGUGAGUAAGACAGGUGAAGCUGAAAGUAUUACAUCGCACUACUUGUUUGCCUUGGGUUGUUAUCGUGGUCUUUAUAUUUUAAAUUGGAUCUAUCGUUAUGUGACUGAAGAUUUCCAUGAUUUAAUUGCAAUAGUUGCUGGUAUUGUUCAAACCGUACUUUACUGUGACUUCUUUUAUUUAUAUGUUACCAAAGUAUUAAAGGGUAAGAAACUGCAACUUCCUGCUUAACACCUCAAUUUUAAUAAUAAGCUAAUGCAGCAGGAAAAUUUUUUCUGGUUUCUGUACAAAGAACUCUGUUUGAAACGUCCUUGUUUGUUUAAAUAAAUAAAAUGGUAUUUUGGGGGCGUUUCUACAGUGUGUUCACAGAAUAGUAAUAGAUUCAGUGGCAUUAUGUUAUAUUUUUUGGGCUCACUUUGAAAUAUGUUUCAAUAAAACGGCUGUUCUUUUUCUGUACAUAAGACUACAUAAUAUAUUGUCAUUUUUCAGCUUCACUCGCUAAUCUUUUUGUUUUCUUUUGAUAAUUGAAACCUGUAAUAAUUUUGCAUUGUAGAUAUUAUAAAUUAUGAUAUGUAAAUUGUACUACUAAAAUUAUAUAUAAACCUUUAAAUUCU